AUGAAACCUAUAAAAGUUAUGAAACCUAAUAAACCUAUGAAAUCAUAGGAAUUCAUUGAACUGUGGAAACCUGAUGAAUCUAACUCAUUUUUUGAUAUAAAUGUAUGAAUGUGAUUUUGAAUUUAGACCUAUCGAUUCAAAGCUUAAUCUAAUAAAGAGAACUAUAAGAGAGGAAAUCAAAUGAGAGAUUUGAGAUGUAUUAUAAUUAUACAUAAUCAAAUUUACAAAAUAUUCUAAUUUUCAGCAUUUCGAAUAUGA